AUGAAGCCCGCGUUGCCUUUCCUGUCUGCUGAAUUGGUUGUGAUCCCAAAGCCUCGCCGGCCUCAAGUGCUUCCGCAGAAGAUUCGUACAGCGGCACUUGCCACCAUUUUUGAUCUUGUUCUGUCUCUUCAGUGCUCUCCCCAGGAUAUAGCUCCUCCGCUAAGCCCCUGUGAAGAAUGA